GUUCAUUCAUCUUACACCCUUCCACCCAGAUCCUGUUCGCGGAUACCAAACCUCCCAGUCAUAAUGGCCACGGGACUCUUCAACUCCACCUACUACGGUAAAGACUACCGCGCCGGUGCGGCCUUGCUGCGCGCCCGUCGGCCCUACCUUUUCAAGAAUGCCGCCACCGGUAUGGCCCUGGUAGCCUUCACCAUCAGCGUCUACGCAUACACCAUCCGCGCCGUCGGCCAGGAAGAGUUCUCCGACGUCAAGGUCCCCGACGCCCCUGCGCAGCCGAAGCAGCAAUAGAUCCCUCGCACAUCCCAGCCGAUCCGACCCGAUAUUCCGUGCAGGUCAAAUAUGGUCUAACGGGGACGGUCCUUCGAUGCCGAAUCAAUCGUUCAAUCCCUGUCGGCACA